GUUAGUUAUCACCCGCAGUUAGUUAAAGGUAGUAAGAAUUUUUGCGUGUGGAUUUGUAUUUUUUUUUAAAUUGAACAAAAUUGAUUUUAAUAUUAAGAGAUACCUGUAAGUGGAAAUAAAACUGGAUAACAGAUUUAAAUUGCAUUAUUAAAGGUGUGUUUGGAAUUGCAUUGCAAUGGCAAGAGGAAAGGCGAAAACCUCUGUCCCCAGUAAAGGUAAACCCGAAGACGCUACUCGGACCACAGAGGAAAAAGGAACAAAGGAGAACACGCCCGAAAUGAACCGGGAUAUCAUUUUAAAUGGCCAGCCUUCAAUACGCAGUUUCUUGAGUCCAAGCAAGUCUGGUAAUACACGCUGCCCACUUCAAGAUGAAAACUCUACCACUCCUAGUAAUGAAGCAAGGUGUCUAGGAAAAUGUGCUGUAAAAAAUGAAACACAGAAGCAAGACCAAGAUAAAAAGAAAACUGUAAAUGCUGACGCUACUAAAUUUGAAGAGAAGGAAGCAAAACAGUGUAACGGAGCAGUGGCUGUCAUUGCAAGUAAAAGAGAAUGUGUAGCUGCUUCUGUACACUCCAAGGCAGACUUCUCUACACAAAACAGUGCUGACCGAUCCAAUGUGAAAAAAGAGACUCCGCGCAAGGUCAAAGUAAAACAGUCAGGACGGAGAGGAGCUGAGAGCAAAGGUUCCCAAAACCGGAAAGUAACAGACUAUUACCCAAUCAGAAGAAGCUCCAGGAAAAGCAAAAAAGAGUUGGAGUUUGAGGAAAAGAAACAUAUUGAUGAAUUAAUCACAUGUGGGAUAGAAGAUGGAAUGAAGGUUGAACACAUUGAAGGAAAAGGGAGGGGCGUGUUUGCUACUAAACAUUUCCAGAAAGGAGAGUUUGUGGUGGAGUAUCACGGAGACCUUAUUGAGUUUACAGAUGCUAAGAAAAGAGAAGGAAUGUAUGCACAAGACCCCACAGCUGGCUGCUAUAUGUACUACUUCCAAUACCUGACUAAAACAUACUGCGUGGAUGCUACAAACGAAACCGGUCGUCUUGGACGGUUAAUAAACCACAGUAAAAACGGAAACUGUCAAACCAAACUUCACGACAUUAACGGAAUACCUCACCUGAUACUUGUUGCCUCUCGUGAUAUAGAAAAAGACGAGGAGUUGCUUUAUGAUUACGGCGACAGGAGCAAAGCUUCACUAGAAGCGCACCCCUGGCUCAAACAUUGACGUACCCUCACGCUGUAAUCCAAUAUGUUUAUGAAGGGAAUGUGCGAAUGAUUUUACAUACUUUAAAGAAUUGGACCAUUUUAAAAUCUUCCUACAUUGCAUUUUGCGGAUUUAAAUUAUUAAAAAAAAAAAAAAAAAAAAAAAA